CCACCCCCCGACAGCGAGGAGCAAGCGCGUCGACGCGAGCACCACACGGACCGACGGGCUUCUCAGCUGGCUAGCGAGCGGGAAGCGAGCGGGUCCGCUAGGAGCGUCGCCGUCUUUCCUCGGGGCAUUCGGUUGAAGGCGAGCACCAAACGGGAGCACACACUGCGAGCAAGUUGGCCGACGCGGCUCCCUCGAGCAGCACGCCGCCGCGAGAAGCUGGCCAACUUUCUCUGACGCGAAGCGGGGCCACUGCGCGUUUGUGGUUCCGAGGGCUGCCGGUUCGCUGGGCCCAGGAUGGGAAGACAGCGUGGAUUUCGCUCGCGAGACAUAUCUGCUAACUGAAGCGCUGCGCAACACAUCGAGCGUGCAGUGCACAUCGGCGACAUGUCUUCGUUGCCGUCCUCGUGUCAACACCACCAGCGGAGCCGUCAAUUGCGUACUGAAAGGCCGCUGGGCAUCGCCGGUCCGCGGCGCGCGCCCAAGCGUCCAGACGAGCCCGGAUGGCGACGCGUGGCUCGACGUCGCGAGCACUCGGAGCCCGUGAUGACUUCGCGCCUUCAAGGGAACACUACGCUGGUGAGACGCUGCCGUGACUUCUAUGCGCAGCGGCUUCGACAGUCCGAGCUGCUGAGGAAUAAGUGGGCAGCUGGUGCAGCGGUUGUGCCGCAGUCUCCUCCCGGAAGCGCAUCCCAAGCGGCAGCAGCGGCGCCUUCCGCGGACGACGACGCGACGGCUUCGUCGGACGGUGAAGCCACGUCCACUUGGCGUCGGUCCAGGUUCGACCUGGCUAUGGAUUCGCUGCGCAAGGAAAUCAGCUGCCUGAUGGAGCGGGACAACGCCCUGUUCGGCCAGCUGCUGGGCCUGCACCAGAGCAUCGCCGAGCUCAGGCUGGCACGCGAGGCGAGGCCAGCGACGCCGGUGGCGCCGACGAGCAACGGCGAGUGCUCCGCUGUGAAGCCACCCAGCAGGCCGGCCUCGCUCGAGUCGCUCGCCUCGUCGUCGUCUUCGUCCGAGCCGGGUGGCUGUCGACGGUGCACUGCCGCCGGUCAGCUAAGGCGACGACGGGCCCUGUCGCAGGCCUACGACUCGGGAGUGCAGUUGCACUACGGCUCGAGCCAUUCCGAGUCCGACCACGAGGUCUUCGUGUGACGGCGAGGCGAUCGACGAGGUGCCUGUGUGUCCGCUUUUAAGCCGGCGCGGUUCGUCGGAGGUGGAAAGCGAGCUGCGGUGCAUAUCUAACGAAUGACAAUAUUAUGCGGCUGCAGCUUCUUGGGAACCAUGGCUUGAAUUUGCCCGCCAGAAGUGCAUAUUUAGAGUGAACAGUGAAGUGAACAUUGCGUUAGCCUGGCUUGUUUGCUUUGCGGCGUGAGCUUCGAGAAGAAUAGACCAAUUGUGAUUUUUUUUCGUGUUUCCCUCGUGUGCCUUUUAUUUCUUUUCGUGCGAAAACAAUUGCGUUGUUAAGACAAGACUUUGGCGGCAAUUUUCCCAAAGUUGUGGAUCUCUAAUGUUGUUCGAGCCAGAACGACAGAACUGAGCGUGGCUAGAACAGAUUGUUAAAGUUUACUUUGUGAUGUAUUUUCAACGCUUCCCUAAACUACCACGUACGCGUCAUCAACAGUGGUCUAACAAGGGGUGUCUCAUAGGUUGGAGCGAACGUUUCGACAAGUCGGGACUACAAAACUAAGGCUACAAUCACUCUGGGUGUGACCACGAGGUGGUUGUUGAACCUGGCGACGAAACAGUGUUCCGAGCUGAGUAAAGUGGACGCCGGAAUUGCAAAAGAACGCUAAUUCCUUAAUUACACUGAACCUUUGCUGUGGACGAGAUAUGAACAGCUGCGUGCUUAGGUGGGCGGUUCCGCUUCUUAUAGCCAGAGAAAAAGGAAAACUGCUUUAUAGUUUGGUUCACUGUCUCCAUGUUUGCUGCUCUUUCUUUAAAAGGAAACUAUUCCAUGUGGUAAAUUUAUCCAAUGCAGGCGUUGAAGCCCUGGAUCCUUUUUAGAGCUAAAGGGUCCUGUCAUUUGACUGGACGUAGGUUUUGCCUUGUGACAUAUGUUCGCCGUCGUUAUGGUAUUGUCUGCGGAGAAGUGACUGAAAUUGUUAGCUGGUAUACUUUUACAGAGGAACGCGGUUCAGUGCAAUGCAUCACUGAUAUCGAUUGCCUUUUUUCAAAGUUAAUACUACACAAUAAAAUAGUGUUUUGUUUGAAA